AUGUUGCCUGUGCCAGUCGGGCGAGCGCGUCUCGCUUCCCCACCUCUCUCCAUGAUACCGUUGCAGAUCAGGCGAGCGGUAGUCGCCUCCGCGUCUCUCAUCACGAGGCUCUGGCGAGCGGUAGCCGCCUCUGCGCCUUUCUUCCUGCAGCUGCUGCCGUCCUGGCGAGCGGUAGCCGCUUCCGUGCCUCCCAUCCUCGUGCGGGAGACGCAGGUCUGGCGAGCGCGCGCCGCCACUGCGUUCCCCGUCACGAUUCUGCCGCCGAUCAGGCGAGCGCGUACCGCCGCCACGCCCCCCUUCCCAAUACAUCCGUGGAUCUGGCAAGCGCGUGCCUCCGUCGCGUCCCCCAUCACGAUUCAGCCGAGGCUCUGGCGAGCGCGCACAGCCGCCGCGUCCUCCGUCCCGAUUCAGGCGCGUAUCAGGCGAACGCGCGCGCGUCGCCACGUCCCUCGUCACGCUGCUGACGCGGAUAUGAAGAGCGCGCGCCGCCGCCACGCCCCCCUUCCCGAUACAUCCGUGGAUCUGGCGAGCGCGUGCCUACGUCGCGUCCCCCAUCACGAUUCAGCCGAGGCUCUGGCAAGCGCGCACCGCCGCCGCGUCCUCCGUCCCGAUUCAGGCGCGGAUCAGGCGAACGCGCGCCGUCGCCACGUCCCUCGUCACCCUGCUGACGCGGAUCUGGAGAGCGCGCGCCACCGCCACGCCCCCCUUCCCGAUACAUCCGUGGAUGUGGCGAGCGCGUGCCUCCGUCGCGUCCCCCAUCACGAUUCAGCCGAGCCUCUGGCAAGCGCGCACCGCCGCCGCGUCCUCCGUCCCGAUUCAGGCGCGGAUCAGGCGAACGCGCGCCGUCACCACGUCCCUCGUCACGCUGCUGAGGGGAUCUGGAGAGCGCGCGCCACUGCCACGCCCCCCGCCGUCACCUUUCUCUCCGUCGCGCGGCAGGUCUCGGGUAGUACCGCCCUUUUCUUCCGCCUCCGCCGUGCUCGGCUCCGCCGCCACGCCCGCCUGCGCGGGAUCGUCGUCAUCAACUCCAGCGGGCAUCUCGCGCUGCUCGCCUGCGCCUUCCUCCUGGGGUUCGUCAUCGCCCUUGGUCUCGCCUUCACGAUUCGUCUCCCGCACUCGAUUCGCCGAGUCGGCCUCGUCUUCUCCAUCCACAUCAAGAUCGCCUUGGCGACCCGAGAAGAGCCCCUCCAGACCUCGCCCGCGACUUCUCUCUUCGCGACGGCGAUAGCCUUCCUCCGGCGAGCGGUCAUCAUGCUGGGCAAGUUCCUGGAGGUGAAGAGGGCGUUGAGGGCGGUGGUAAUCAGUCAAGAAUGGGAGGAGGUGGCGGUGGCACAGACAGAGGAGGGGAUGGAGCCCUUCAGCGUGUGCAGAGGCGGGACCGGGAACCGCCUCACGGCAAAGAAAAUGCCUGACGUGACCAUUGUGGCCUUCAUCAAGAGGGCCCGUGAUGCUUUUGAUCAAAAGGCAGCCGUGCGGGCCCGGCUCUAUGCUGACCUGGGAAACGGCACGCUCAAGGAAGGGUGUGCCAUCAUCUCGGCCGAAUCGGAGGACGAGGAAGGGGAGGCUGAAGAGGAGUUGAGCAUGUGGCCCGACCCGACCCGAUUUGGCCGGGCCACACGGGCCCUCGGGUCAGGUCGGGUGCACCACCUGUGCCACGCCUGGUUGCAACACCACAACUCCACCGUCCCUGCCACACCCUCACCCGCUGCACUCUCCUCAUUCGCUGCUGCCGUGUCAGCAGCUCCUCCCGACCAAUCAGACGCCACCGGUGGCAGAGGGGAAAAGCGUCUGGUGCAGCAGCCUAGGGGGAAUGAGGAAGCUUCCUGGGAGCUCCCAGUGCGGUUGAAUGUGUCUCACGAUGCCCUGCUGGCUGCGUGGUGA